AUGGAGCUAUCUUUGAUAGGACUUCAGAAUGCUGGAAAGACCUCUCUUGUAAAUGUUGUUGCAACGGGCGGAUACAGCGAAGACAUGAUUCCUACGGUAGGAUUCAAUAUGAAGAAGGUAACCAAAGGGAAUGUUACGAUAAAGUUGUGGGAUCUUGGAGGUCAACCCAGGUUCCGUAGCAUGUGGGAGCGAUACUGUCGUGCCGUUUCUGCUAUAGUUUAUGUUGUUGAUGCUGCGGAUCCAGAUAACUUGAGCGUCUCAAAAAGUGAACUUCAUGAUUUGCUGAGCAAAAGCUCACUAAGUGGGAUCCCGUUGCUGGUCCUGGGCAACAAGAUUGACAAGCCGGGGGCUCUGAGUAAACAGGCUUUGACUGAUGAAAUGGGACUGAAGUCAAUUACUGAUAGAGAAGUUUGCUGCUUCAUGAUCUCAUGCAAGAAUUCAACCAACAUUGACUCGGUUAUCGAUUGGCUUGUAAAGCAUUCCAAAUCAAAAAGCUGA